GUUGUAUUUGUUUACACUUUUUUUGUAAUAAAUAUAUUUUAAAGAAUGUGGGCGCCAAGCACUGAGGAAACAUAUUUUGCCAGCAUGGACUACACAAAAAACGUUAUAAACAUAAUGCCCAGCGCAGAAAUGCUGGUCACCUUCAGCGGAGGGGACAGGGACUUGAUGCGCGCUAAGAAAGCUUGUUUACUGUACGCCGAAAGAGUUGACUUCAAGGAGCUGAUUCAAUUGCGUUUGGCCGAGAAGUGCGAUCAGCGACGCAUGUACAUCACCACGGUGGACAGCGUAUCCUUCCAAGAGCUGAAACAGGAUCAAUCGCUAAAUGUCACAUUCGCUGGAUUUAUGGAAAAUGUGAUACGCAUGCUGAAGGACUGCCAGGCCGGCAAGCUGGAGCUGUGCCUGUCCGCCAAGGAAACAGCUACCAGCACAGCUGAGCACCCGAGUCACGACUACCAUCUGCAGUUCGUGGAAAUACGCGCCUUCAAGAAUCUGGUGCAUUUGUGUCUGCCCUGUCGUUCCGCGCCGCUACACACGGUUCUCUUCUACAUCAACACGACGCUAGAUGUGGCUCACAAGAAGCUUUAUUUGCUGGAGCAGAACAUGCAGCAGUUGCAAAUGGAAUUGAAUUCCCAAAACGCACACAUCGAACAGCUAAGCUCAGACAAUGGAAAAUUACGCGAAGCGCUGGUCGAGAAUACACGGCACCUGGGCGAAAAGCACUCGGCCGAGCUGCAACAUAUGCAGGAUAAGCUGGAGAAGCUAAACGAGCAGCGUGCCAAUGAGCUGGAGCGCAGCCGCCGCUCGGUUGCCGGACUGCAGACGCAGUUGGAGCGCGCGACGCUGGACAAGACGGAGCUGAAGACAAUGCAUGAGCAGGCCGAGAAGCGCAACCAGAGCCUCAACGAGGAGCUCACCUGCUGUAAAUCGCGUAUCUGCAACCUCAAGGAGCAAAACGAGAAGCUGCACACCGAGCUAACAGCUGCGAAGAAGCAAGAACGCAAACUAGAAUAUAAAAUAGAAGACUUAAAACAGCACACUAUGGAGCUGCAGGAGCACAUACAGAAGGGCAACAAGGAAAAGGCAAACAUUGCAGCCGAACUGGAGGCAGAAAAGAAGAUACUCCAUACCAAGCGGCAGGCACUGGAAAUGGCCUCCGAUGAAAUAGCCAAAGCGAAUCAAAUAAUACUCAAGCAAUCGCAGGAGCUGCUCAACCAGAAGAAAACAAUUUCGUGGCGCACUGAAGUGGCGCUGCAGCAGGAGAAGGCGAUCAAAGAAAAGGAGAAGCUGCUGAACAUGCGCGACGAGGAACUGAAGCAAACCCGACAAACCAUCCAACAGCUGCGCGAAGAAAUUCCACAGCAGCUGCAGUCCAUGCGGCACUUUGCCCAGGGCCUGGAGGAGAAGUACAAGAAUCAAAUUCUCACGCUGAAGGAGCACUUGGAAGCGGCAAGCGGCAAGGAAAACUGCAGCCGCAGAGCGAAUCGCAAAUAGGCCUACAUUUAGUAAGCAUUAUUGUGUAUUGUAUAAAUAAUUUGCAUUGUUAGUUAACUGUUUUAUCGUAGCUUUAAUUAAACUUAUUUAUCUAUUUGUGGGCUAUUCGAAA